ACCCGCUCGCUGACGUCACCAGCCCGCGCCGGCCGGAGGAGAAGCCCCGGCCGCGACCGCCGGGUCCUUGAGCCGCCGCCAUGGCCGAGAGGCUGCUGCGACCGGCGCGGGCGCUCGCGACCCUGCGGGGCCUGGAGGCGGGGCCCGCGCGCGGGGUCCUGAGCCCGCGGCUGCAGCUCCCGUGCGGGCGGGCAGGGCUUCACUGCGGCGCGGGGUGCGGGUCGCGCUAUGGCGUGCUGGCCUUCAUGCUGGGGGACCGCGCCAGCCGGAGGAUGACGGCCCGCAGCAGAGUCAUCACCGUGGACGGCAACCUGUGCUCGGGGAAGGGCGCGCUGGCCGGGGAGCUGGCGCAGAGGCUGGGGCUGCGGCACUUCCCCGAGGCGGGCAUCCACUACAGCGGCAGCACCACGGGCGACGGGCGGCCCCUAGACGCGGAGCUCAGCGGUAGCUGCAGCCUCGAGAAGUUCUACGACGACCCCGCGAGCCCCGACGGCAACAGCUACCGGCUGCAGGCCUGGCUCUACGCCAACCGCCUCCUGCAGUACGCGGACGCCCUGCAGCACCUGCUGAGCACCGGACAAGGGGUGGUGCUGGAGCGCUCCAUCUUCAGCGACUUCGUGUUCCUGGAGGCCAUGAGGCGGCAGGGCUACGUCCGCAAGCAGUGCGUGGAGCACUACAACGAGGUGAAGCGGGUCACUGUCGCCCAGUACCUGCCCCCCCACGUGGUCAUCUACGUGGACACACCGGUCGCAGAGGUGCAGGCCCGCAUCCAGAAGAAAGGAAACCCGCACGAGAUGAAGGUGUCGCCCGCCUAUCUGCAGGCCAUCGAGGACGCCUACAAGGACACCUUUCUCCCGGAGAUGAGUGAGAAGUGCCACGUCUUGCAGUACAGCUCGAGGGAGGCCCGGGCCGACAGGGUGGUGGAAGACCUCGAGUACCUCAAGCAGGACAAGGGGCCGUGGCUCCAGCAGGACGACAACACCCUGCACUGGCUGCGUCUGCUGGUCCAGGAUAAGCACGAGGUGCUCAGCUACGCCACCAUGCCCGUCUACCUCCCGGAGAUCACCGUCGGGGCGCACCAGACCCAGCGCCUCUUCCAGAAGUUCCAGGAGCUGCCCGGGCGCAAGUACAGCCCCGGCUACAACGAGGACGUGGGCGACAAGUGGAUCUGGCUGAAGUGAGCCCGCCAUCCCCGGGACCCGGGACCGCACCGCCCGGCUGGGGGGCCGACCCCACUCCGUCCGGCCUCGGGCCGCUUCAGCCCCCGGGCGGCGCCCUGUCCUUCCCGAAUAAACGUCCGCCCUGA